CUUGGAGCCAGAACUCUCAAUCCUCCACCGAGAGGAAAUGUCCAUCCAAGUUGAACAUCCUGCUGGUGGUUACAAGAAACUGUUCGAAACUGUGGAGGAACUGUCCUCACCGCUCACAGCUCAUGUUACAGGCAGGAUCCCCCUCUGGCUCACUGGCAGUCUCCUUCGAUGUGGGCCAGGACUCUUUGAAGUUGGAUCUGAACCAUUUUACCACCUGUUUGAUGGGCAAGCCCUCCUGCACAAGUUUGACUUUAAAGAAGGACAUGUCACAUAUCAUAGAAGGUUCAUCCGCACUGAUGCUUACGUCCGGGCAAUGACUGAGAAAAGAAUCGUCAUAACGGAAUUUGGCACCUGUGCUUUCCCAGAUCCCUGCAAGAAUAUAUUUUCCAGGUUUUUUUCUUACUUUCGAGGAGUGGAGGUCACUGACAAUGCCCUUGUUAACGUCUACCCAGUAGGGGAAGAUUACUAUGCCUGCACAGAGACCAACUUCAUUACAAAGAUUAAUCCCGAGACCUUGGAGACAAUUAAGCAGGUUGAUCUUUGCAACUAUGUCUCUGUCAAUGGAGCCACUGCUCACCCCCAUAUUGAAAGUGAUGGAACUGUUUACAACAUUGGUAAUUGCUUUGGGAAAAAUUUUUCAAUUGCCUACAAUAUUGUAAAGAUCCCUCCACUACAAGCAGACAAGGAAGAUCCAAUAAGCAAGUCAGAGGUCGUUGUACAAUUCCCCUGCAGUGACCGAUUCAAGCCAUCUUACGUCCAUAGUUUUGGUUUGACUCCCAACUAUAUUGUUUUUGUGGAGACGCCAGUCAAAAUUAACCUAUUCAAGUUCCUUUCUUCAUGGAGUCUUUGGGGAGCCAACUACAUGGAUUGUUUUGAGUCCAAUGAAACCAUGGGGGUUUGGCUUCAUAUCGCUGACAAAAAAAGAAGAAAGUAUCUCAAUAAUAAAUACAGGACCUCUUCUUUUAAUCUCUUCCAUCACAUCAAUACUUAUGAAGACAAUGAGUUUCUGAUUGUGGAUCUCUGUUGCUGGAAAGGAUUUGAAUUUGUUUAUAAUUACUUAUAUUUAGCCAAUUUACGUGAGAACUGGGAAGAGGUGAAAAAAAAUGCCAGAAAAGCUCCCCAGCCUGAAGUGAGGAGAUACGUGCUUCCUCUGAAUAUUGACAAGGCUGACACAGGCAAGAACUUAGUCACCCUCCCCAACACAACUGCCACUGCAAUUCUGUGCAGUGACGAGACCAUCUGGCUGGAGCCUGAGGUUCUCUUUUCAGGGCCUCGCCAAGCAUUCGAGUUUCCUCAAAUCAAUUAUCAGAAGUAUGGCGGGAAACCUUACACGUACGCCUAUGGACUUGGCUUGAAUCACUUUGUUCCAGACAGGCUCUGUAAGCUGAAUGUUAAAACUAAAGAAACAUGGGUAUGGCAAGAGCCUGAUUCAUAUCCAUCAGAACCCAUCUUUGUUUCUCACCCAGAUGCCUUGGAGGAAGAUGAUGGUGUAGUUCUGAGUGUGGUGGUGAGCCCUGGGGCAGGACAAAAGCCUGCAUAUCUUCUGAUUCUGAAUGCCAAGGACUUGAGUGAAGUUGCCAGGGCUGAAGUGGAGAUUAACAUCCCUGUCACCUUUCAUGGACUGUUCAAAAAAUCCUGAGCACAUUCUAUCUAGCACAUUGUAUUUCUAUUGACAAAACCAAGAAAAACAGUCAGGUCUGCAAUCAAAUUCUGUUCAAUUUUAGCCUGCUGUAUUACA